CGGAUGCCGGCUCAGAGAAAUUAUUUAGCACUGUCACACAUAAUGAUUCAGAGUUGUGUGUCAGUUUACUGACCACAGACAACAACAAAAAUGUUACUGGUCCAGUUGUCCCAAAAAUAUCAGGGCUAGAAAGAAGCCAAGAGAAGAGUGAAGACAGCAUUAAGGAUCUGCAGUUUGAAGUUCCGGUGUCUAAGGAACUUUGUGCUUCUUCUCUACCCACAGUCCAAGUUGAGUUGGAGGCACAACCUGUCCUCUCUUCCCCUGGACCUAUUUUGAGUUCUCAUACAGAUGCACCUACAAAGCUACAGUCUGAGCUUCCUCAGCUCACUCACACUACUAUAGAGCAAGAAGCACCUUUGCCUCCUCAACCUCAAGUGCAGCUGCCACCAAAAGCUCCUCCACUGUCUCAGACACCAGUUCCUCCAGCUUCUCCUGUUGUGCAAGCACGGCCUCCUUCACAGACCUUACCCCAAAGCUUGUGCAAUUAUAACAGCAGCAGCUUGAGCCUGAACAGCUUAAGCAGCAGCAGAAGCAGCACUCCUGCUAAAAGUCAGGCGCCACAGUCGCAUUUGGCUCACCGUACUUCUGCUUCACCAUACCCCCUCUCCUUGCCCAGUCAUAGCCCGUUGCGUAGCUUUACACCCACUGUCCAACCUUCUCCUCACCAGCACCACCCCAAUAUGUUUGCUCCACCUGCUGCUUUACCUCCUCCACCUCCUCUGACUUCUGGGACACUUCAGGUUCCUGGACAUCCAGCCAACAACACAUACUCAGAGCAAGACAUCCUCAGACAGGAAUUGAAUACGCGUUUCUUGGCUUCACAAAGUGCAGACCGUGGUGCUUCAUUAGGGCCGCCACCAUACCUGAGGACAGAGUUUCACCAGCAUCAGCAUCAGCAUCAGCACCAGCAUACGCACCAGCACACACACCAGCAUACCUUCACACCUUUUCCCCACGCCAUACCGCCAACUGCCAUCAUGCCGACUCCAGCACCACCCAUGGUGCGUACCCCAGGCAGAAAUUUUGACAAAUACCCUACAAAAGUUGACCCCUUCUACCGCCACAGUUUAUUCCAUUCGUACCCUCCAGCUGUGUCUGGUAUUCCUCCCAUGAUUCCGCCGACUGGUCCUUUUGGCUCGCUACAAGGGGCAUUUCAACCUAAGACUUCCAAUCCCAUUGAUGUUGCAGCAAGACCUGGAACUGUCCCACACACCCUCCUGCAAAAGGACCCUAGGUUGACAGAUCCUUUCAGGCCCAUGUUGAGGAAACCUGGAAAAUGGUGUGCCAUGCACGUUCACAUUGCCUGGCAAAUAUAUCACCAUCAACAGAAAGUCAAGAAACAGAUGCAGACAGAUCCACACAAGCUGGAUUUUGGCCUAAAGCCUGAGUUUCUGAGCCGACCACCAGGUCCAAGCCUUUUUGGAGCUAUCCAUCACCAUCCUCACCCUCAUGACUUGGCACGACCCUCAACACUAUUCUCUGCCACAGGCGGAGGACAUCCAGCUGGAGCACCUUUUGGGCCCCCUCCACAUCACAGCAAUUUCCUUAAUCCUGCAGCUCAUCUUGAGCAAUUUAACCGGCCAUCUACGUUCAGCGGCCUUGCUUCAGUUAGUGGAAAUGCCUUUGGGGGACUUGGAAACCCUUCAGUCAAAACAACCAGACCCUUUGACCUCUCCCUGAUCAUGGCAUCCAAUUCAAUGUUUAGCCAUAAAGAUGGCCCAAAUAUGCAGAGCUUCAGUAAUCCUCAUGAGCCAUGGAAUCGACUGCAUCGUACGCCUCCUUCAUUUCCUACACCUCCUCCAUGGCUCAAACCUGGAGAGACGGAGCGUAGUUCUUCUGUAGCCUCACAUGACAGAGAUGGAGACAAAAGAGACUCAUCUAUCUGUAAAGAUGAUAAAGAAAGGGAGACUAUGGAGAAACGGCACUCCAGCCAUCCCUCACCAGCACCUGUUAAUCAAGUUAAUUCUUUGGGACAUAAUCGCAGUUUAUCUGAACAAAACAGAAGUCACUUAAAUAAUGAGGUGCGGGAGAAAGAAAAGCCCAAAGAAAGAGAAAGGGAUCACUCUGAUUCAUGGAAGGAAGCUAAUAUGGAAGAGCACAAAGCAAAAGACAACCAUAUUUCAGAGAAAGAAAGUUUGGUUCAUGAAAACAGAGCUGUAGAGGAAGCCAAGCAGUUAUCUAGGAUCCCUUCACCCUAUGUAAGGCCCCCUGUAAUGGAAAACUCUAGGCCUAACAGUACAUCUAAUCGAGAGACUGAGAGGAAGAGUGAGUCUUAUGAAAAUCAAAAGAAAAACAAUGAUGUAAAAGUAAAAGAAGAACGAAAAGAAGACCAUGAUGUUGUUGUAUCUGAAGGAUCUCAAAUUCAUAGGUCUUCUGAACAACAUCCACCAAUAUCAACGUCAAAUGUCCAUCCAAGUCACUUAGCAACCAUGCCAAUGGCUGUGGGUGUAACGGGCAUGCACCCAAUGAAUACCAUUGGUGGUCUCGACAGGACUCGCAUGAUGAAUCCAUUUAUGGGUAUCAGCCCUAUUCCUGGUGGAGAACGAUUCCCCUACCCAUCAUUUCAUUGGGAUCCUAUGCGGGAUCCCUUAAGAGAUCCCUACCGAGGACUAGAUAUUCACAGAAGGGACCCAUUAGGACGAGAUUUUUUGUUAAGAAAUGAUCCACUUCAUCGUCUUGCAGCCCCAAGAUUAUAUGAAACAGACAGGUCAUUUAGGGACAGGGAACCCCAUGACUACAACCAUCAUCAUCACCAUCACCUUUCUGUUGACCCACGUAGGGAACAUGAAAGAGCCAGCCAGCUGGAGGAGAGAGAGAGAUUACACAUGCUACGAGAGGACUAUGAGCAUGCACGUCUCCAUGGUGUACAUCCAGCUGCACUGGAUGGUCAUUUGUCUCAUCCAAGUUUAAUUACUCCUGGACUUCCUAGCAUGCACUAUCCCAGGCUCAGCCCUACAGCAGGGCAUCAAAAUGGAAUCCUUAACAAGACUCCUCCCACAGCAGCAUUAAGUGCCCCACCUCCACUUAUUUCUACUCUUGGAGGACGACCAGGUUCUCCUAGGAGGACUACUCCUUUGUCCACAGAAAUAAGAGACAGACCUCCUUCUCAUACUCUUAAAGAUAUUGAAGCACGAUAAAAACAGAACUUGGCAUGUAACAGGACAAUAGCCUGAUAACAUUAAAAUCAGUGCAAGACUUAACAUAUAAUCUUUGUAAAAAUGUAAAGUCUCCAAGAACAAUGAUUUUCACUUUUUGUACAUUAUAUGUUGCAAAUUUCCAGCUCUUUUAGCCAAUGUUUGUGAUUUUAAUUGUUUUAUUUUACUAAUGUAAAGCAUUUGGUUGGUACAGAAGGAAAUAAUUCAUUACACAUGUAUGGACUUUUUCAAACAUAAGAUAUUGAAAAGAAAUGUAAAUAUCUUUGUAAAAAAAGAUUUGCUUCAUUGGGUAAUGGUUCAUAUAUGCAAAAGUGUAGGAUGAAAGCUUUACUAUGUAUAAAUGUAUAUAGUCAUAAUGAAUAACAUAAUACAAUAUUACUUCUUAAACUGUGCAGUUUGCAACAUUACUAUUUAAGAACACAGUCUGCUUUUACUGUGUUGUGUAUAUUGUUAGACACAACUAAACCCCUUCAACUAUGCAAUCAAUGUGGAGGCUUUCCACAAAAAGCCUUUGUAACACAAAAGGAUCAUUUUCAACAAUUACACAAUAAUUAAAGUCAUAUUUUCCCUAAGAAUAUUAGUAAUGUUUCUCACCACUGGUAGAUGUUUAUUUUCAGUCGUGUAUUGGACACAGUUUACACCCCAAGCAGAUACCCAUAGUGCCCUCAGAAUGAAACAAUCUUAAGUCAGGCAACAUCCAAGACAUGAAUCAGGUAGUGGAGAAACAUCUUAAGAAUGCUUUGCAACAAUUCAUAAAUGGGACAUUUAUCACAUAGCUUUGUUGCUGAUGGUAUCAUUGCAUUUUGCUUCUUACUAGUGCACUGGCCACCUUGAAUGUUUGAAAUGUAUUCAAGGUGUUGCAUCAAUGUCCAACACUAUUGUUUAUUUUUGCAAGGUAAAUACUCAAAAUCUUGUUGACUGGAGAGGAUAUGACUUUAUCCAAAAUAAUUCUAUACACAUUUGGUAAACUGGGCUGUAAAAUAUAUGUAUGAAAUAAACAUAGUUCAUUUGUCUUCUAGUGUAAUAAAGUGAUAUCUUAAGUUGUUAUCCUGUUUUGGCAAAAAAAAAAAAGAGAAUAAAACUCCCAACAGUUGUUUCUAAUACGCAGAGAUCUAUUUUAGUAGUCAACUGAAGGUUUAGUUGUGAGCUUCAGAUUUUGUGAACUCCAAAUGUUGUGCAGUGUUUUUUUAAGGAACAAACCCUCCCAGAAAAUUAUGUACACUGGAACAGUAGUGGUAGCUUUCAGUAUUGUAAAGAGAUUGUUAUAUACAAACCUUUUUGCUGUUAAUCCUAUAUGUAAGAAAUUCCUUUCUAAAUCAUAUGUAAAGAGGAAAAAAAAGGAAACUGAAACGGAAAAAAACCAUAAACGUGAAGCAAAUCGCUCUUCAGCAUGUUCCUCAUCAGCGAAGACUUGUGUAAUGUAAAUUGUGCCAUGUUAUUAAAAAAUGUGAACUAA